AUGGCUGUACCAUCAGAGUCUCUUGAUCAUUUUUCACAUCCUGUUUUGGCGCCUAGCCCAAUAUUAGCCUUACCUACGCUAAAUUUCACAGCUUCACAAGUUUCGACUGUAUGUGAAACCCUAGAAGAUUCUGGAGACAUUGAACGUUUAGCUAGGUUCUUAUGGAGCUUACCAGUAGCUCAUCCUAACUUUGGUGAACUUGACAAACUAGAAGCAGUUCUAAGAGCAAGAGCAAUUGUAGCAUAUCACACGGGGAAUUUUAGGGAAUUAUAUAACAUAUUAGAGAGAAAUAAAUUUACUAAAACAUCUCAUGGCAAGUUACAAGCAAUGUGGCUCGAAGCUCACUAUCAUGAAGCUGAAAAACUAAGAGGUAGACCGCUAGGUCCAGUUGACAAAUACAGGGUUCGUAAAAAAUUUCCUUUGCCUCGUACUAUUUGGGAUGGUGAGCAAAAAACACAUUGUUUCAAAGAGAGAACAAGAAGUUUAUUAAGGGAGUGGUAUUUGCAAGAUCCAUAUCCAAAUCCUACAAAAAAACGAGAAUUAGCACAAGCAACUGGGCUAUCACCCACUCAAGUUGGAAAUUGGUUUAAAAACCGUCGUCAGAGAGACCGUGCAGCUGCAGCUAAGAACAGAUCAUACCAAACAUCUUUAUCAAAAUCACAAAAUUCAGAAAAUUGCCAAGAAAACAUUGAUUUGUUAGGAGUUGAUAUUGACUCUGAUUCCGACGUAUCAUUAACUACACAUUCACCAAUACCCGAUUCACCAAAAGAGUCAUUGCACACAAAAGAAGAUCAGAUAGAUCAGAAUGAAAAAGAGAGAGAUUUAUUCUUCAUGCAAUCAUUUUCGUCAAUGCUCCAUGAUGACAAGGAUAUCAAAGAUAAUUACAUCGAAUUAGAAAGGCAAAACAAUAUUGUUAACUAUUCAAUACCAUCAUCUCUUGAUAGUAGUCAUAUGGUUAGUUCAAGUAUAUUACAUCGACCGCGAGCUCAAUUACCUCAAACCUUCGAGUCCUACAUGUUUUCGUCGCCUUUCAAGCCAAUAAAUACUUUGACGCAAGGAAGAAACUUAGAAAAACGCCAGCUAUAA